AUGCGUGCGUGGCUCCAGGUCUAUUACCUGAGCCUUUUUGACGGGCGAACACAGUGGGAGUGGCCUCAGGAGAAUGCUGCAGCCUUCGAGCGGCGCUUGGAGGAGGCUCCAGCACCUCCAAGGACUUUGGCUUUGCCAGGCUCCCCUGCAAGGACGUUGGCUUUGCCAGGUUCCACGCAGGAAUUUCAGCAGGAGGAGCCAGAUGAUGCCUCAAGUCAAGCUUCUGAUGAGUCCAGCUUGGGUAUUGCACUUGAUGAGGUAGAUGCCAAUGAUCUCCUUGCUAUACCACCUGGCACCGAGAUCGAGAUGACUCCGCGGGACAACCAGAAUCAGGAGGAGCUCACAAAGUGGGGUGCUGAUCAGCGAGAUGCAGAGUGGAUCUCUUUGAAGAGGCAAAUGGCGAGUCAAAAGAAAGCACAUGAUGAACGUUGGCUGACGGCAAAGCAUUUUCCUGGCGUCCGGGAGUUUGUACGGAAGUAUGAGCUGGCCAAUCAGGCGAACAACUGGGACAGGGCUGUUGACAACGUUACCCUGAAAGUCGACAACGCCGAGCGACAGAAGGGGCAGCUUGGUGAAGUUGCUGAGCUGCGAAAGGAGGAGCUUCGUCAAAUCUUUCCAAUUGUCCAGCGCUUGCAGUGGACCAAGUGGUCAGGCUUCGAGAUCUUCAUGCACUGCGUAAUUCGCGAGUAUCCUUUGCAGAAUGCCUUGCGCAACACAGUGCGGCCCACCAAGUUCCACCGCACACUCCUGCACGUCUUCCGCGUCAUUGCCAGUUUGGUUGGCGCCUGCAUCGCAGUCACCUUCGAGGCUCCGGUGGAUGAAGAAGUGGAAGCCACCAGCACAGCGACCUGGGACUUGUUCCUUCAGGCAGUGACUAUGCCCAUCACUGGGAAUACCAUCCUUUGUGCCUUUUUGGGAAUCUUGUUCAGCUCCACCGUGAAACGAUUAGUGCUGAGGUUGUUCUACCGCCAUGCCAUUGCCUACAAUCAGCGUCCCACUACUUCUGUGGAAGCAAGAAAGUAUCAGCUGAGGUAUUGGCACGAACUUGCAGAGAUGGGCAAGUGGACUUGCAUCAUUGGAAGCUUCUUGGGCUUCGGCAGCUCCGUGGCCAUGUGCAUGCUGACUCCACAGCCACGUGCAGCAGUAGCGUUCCAAGCCUUCUGGUUGUCCUUGUUGGGAACUCAUUGGCUGCUGCCACUGAUUCGCGGCGGUGCUUGUGCAGUUGUGCUCAUAACAGCAAGAAGCAAGGCAACCUUUGACGGUUGGCUGACAGUUUGGCCGGGCUUCAUGAAUUUUGCUUACGUCGGUGUCAAGACCACCGAAUUCAUGGUUUGGCGUGCACAGCGCAUCGUUGCAGAGGAAGAACUUCUGCUUCAGGUUUAUCCUGACAUGCCCAGCAUUGGUCGGAAGUUACGCGAUCCUGACGAAGAGGAGGAGGUGGAUCCACCGCAGGACGGCGGCGCUUGA